AUGUUUCGUGUCGCCAAGGUCUUCUCGUCAACCGCGAGAAAUCUGAACAAGGCCGUCGAGACACCCUUAGGAUUCUGCGUCACUUCCAGAUGUCUGGCCACCCAAGCAGCAGUGAAGGUCAAUGAGACGCCACAAGAGAAUGCAGCUGAAAAGGAAAAUCAAUCUUUCACCAUGAAUAUCUUUCGUGGUCAAUUGCAGCUAAAUCAAGUGUGUCCAUUUCCAGAGCCUAUGAAUCAAGAGCAAACUGAAACGAUAAAGAUGCUUGUUGAUCCUAUAGAGAAGUUUUACGAGGAAAUAAACGACGCCGCUAAAAACGAUCAGAAUGCAAGCAUAGAUGAAAAGACGUUAGCUGCUCUCUGGGACUUUGGUGGAUUUUCUCUACAAGUACCCACGGAAUUUGGUGGGUUGGGACUGACAAAUACUCAGUACACUCGUAUCGUCCAAGUAUGCGGUUAUCAUGAUUUGGGUAUCGGCAUCACUUUGGGCGCGCAUCAGAGCAUAGGAUUCAAGGGUAUACUUUUGUUCGGCACUCCGGAACAGAAGGCAAAGUAUCUGCCUCAGGUUAGCAACGGCACAUAUGCCGCUUUUUGCCUGACAGAACCGACUUCCGGCUCCGACGCUAGCUCGAUACGUUCGCGUGCCGUUAAAUCCGCGGACGGGUCGCAUUACAUUCUCAACGGUAGCAAGAUUUGGAUAUCGAACGGCGGCAUUGCCAAUAUCAUGACCGUGUUCGCGCAGGUGCCUGUGACGGAUCCGAAAACGGGCAAAACGAAAGACAAGAUAACCGCUUUCAUCGUGGAGAGAGGAUUCGGCGGUGUCACUAGUGGACCGCCUGAGAAAAAGAUGGGCAUCAAGUGCAGCAACACGGCUGCGAUUUUCUUCGAGGAUGUUAAGAUCCCAGCGGAGAAUGUUCUCGGCAAGGAAGGUGAAGGUUUCAAGGUCGCGAUGAACAUUUUGAACAAUGGUAGAUUCGGUAUGGCUGCCGCUCUCUCUGGCACCAUGCGUUACUGCAUCGACAAGGCCGUGAAUCAUGCAACGCAACGCGUACAGUUUGGUCGCACGAUAGAUAAUUAUGGUACAAUACAAGAAAAAUUGGCGCGCAUGUCUAUACUGCAAUAUGUCACAGAGUCUUUGGCAUAUAUGAUUUCUGGUAACAUGGAUAAAGGAAGCCAAGAUUAUCACCUGGAAGCAGCUAUUUCAAAGUGUUUUGCAUCCGAGUCCGCGUGGUGGGUAUGUAACGAAGCUAUUCAGACCUUGGGAGGAAUGGGUUUCAUGAGUGAGACUGGUCUAGAACGCGUGAUGCGCGAUUUGCGUAUAUUCCCGAUUUUCGAGGGGACGAACGACAUUUUGCGUUUGUUCGUGGGGCUUACCGGUAUCCAAUAUGCCGGGAGCCAUUUGAAGGAGCUACAGAAGGCCUUCAAGAAUCCUACCGCAAAUUUAGGUUUAAUUGUUGAAGAAGCAACUAAGCGAGCAACUAGAGCAAUCGGUUUGACAUCACCGCCUACUUUCGGGAAUAAUGUGCAUCCAAAAUUGGCAGAUAGCGCCGCACUUUGCUCGAAAAACGUGGAGGCCUUCGGUCAAGUUAUAGAAUCCUCUCUUAUUAAAUACGGGCGAGGCAUUGUAGACGAGCAAUUUAUCCUCAACAGGAUUACACAGGCUGCCUUCGAUAUAUAUACAAUGUCAGUUGCCAUAAGCAGGGCAACUAUGUCGUUGAACAAGAAUUUGCCUAGCGCAGAACACGAGUUAUUAAUGGCACAAACUUGGUGCAUGGAGGUGUCGGAUCGUGCUGCAUAUAAUUUACGACAAGUCAGUUCCAGCAAGCAAUUGGACAUCUUUAAAAAUUUGAGUAAAAUUUCAAGGAACAUGUGCGACGCUGGUGGGAGCGUGCAAUCGAAUCCACUGGGCUUUUAAGAAAUGGUCAAUUGAGUCUUUCUACGAGACAUGACUUAUCUGAUCUUAUCUUGAGUUUAUCACACUAGAACUAAAGAAUAAUAGAAAUUGUUUUCCAUGUGAUGAGAAAAAACGAUAUUUCAAUAUUCUUUUUCAUGAUUCUCAACUUCGCAAUUUAUAGAAAUGAAAAUAUGUAAAUAAUAGUACAAAUAUAAAGUUAUUUCGCGAUCAAUCUGCGUACCUUCCACGAAAACUGUGUGCGCCAACGAGCAAUGAACAAUGCAAAUAUUACAUUUAAUAAGGUGUAAAGUAUUAGAUGUACCUAAAGGUAUAUAUAGAAAAUUAUGUAUUUUUAAAAUCUCUUUAUAUCUCUUUACACGAAACGGCGAAUUCUAGAUGUACAGCUAUACAAAUAAUACGAUUUAUCUGA